AUGGCCACCCAGGCACCCGAAGUGACGAGCGAGUAUGGGCAGCCGCUCGUAGAGGGUUUUCUGGAGGAACCCGGAAGUAUCGAGACAGUGGAACGCACGCACCGGAAGCGGUCUUGUUUUCCCGGAAGUGAUGAUGUGCUGAGCAGGAAGCGGUGUCUGAGUUCUGUUGUACAAUCUCUGAUUGCCGCGUUUAAUGAUGUAUUAAUGACUAACGAGCCGCAUUCAUUCGUCUGUUUAGAUUUCAGCUCCAAUAUGGAGUUUUCUGUGAGAUUCCUGAUGGCAGUCCGCAGCCAGCAGAAUGGAUCCAGUCCCGGGGGACGUCCUCCUCACCCCGACCUGGAGGAUCACAUCGUGGACAACAUCAAAAUAGAAGACUCCGAUGAGGAGGAGGAGGAUGAGUGGUGUGCAAGGGGGCGUCGGCCAUGUAAGGAGGAGAAAGUCCCCACGGAGGGCGGCUCAGGUGUGGAGGAUCAGGAGGAACACUUAAAUGUUGUUAAAAUAGAAGAUUUUGAUGAUGAAGAGGAGGAGGAGGAGACAUUUAUAGGGGGCGAUCUGCUGUGUAAGGAGGAGGACGUUCCUUCAGAGAUCAGUGCAGAUGGGCGUUACGUUGAGAACACGUCUCAGGGGUACGGUAACCCCGAAAACUUUGUCACCUCAGAUAUCCAUCGAGGACCUUACAGCCCAGAUAAGACAUUAGAUACAUUUUCUACAGCCAGCCCUGACUUCCCUAUUACGCAUCAGAAAGCCGACGCCAUCAAGAGGCCAUACACCUGCCCGCAGUGUGGAAAGUGCUACACUAAGAAAUCCAACCUGGUGGAACACAUCAGCGCUCACAACGGCGAGAAGCUCCACCCUUGUCCACAGUGCGGGAAAUUCUUCACUCAAAAGUCUUAUCUCGGGCAGCACCUAAAGAUUCACACGGGCGAGAAACCGUAUUCCUGUCCGCAGUGCGGAAAGUGCUUCACUCACAAAACCAACCUGGCCGAGCAUAAGAAGAUUCACACGGGCGAGCGGCCUUUUUCUUGUGCAGAGUGCGGAAAGUCUUUCACCCGGAAGUGUUACCUGGCCAGCCAUCAGACCAUGCACACGGGCCAGAAGCCUUUCUCUUGUUCGGAGUGCGGGAAGUCCUACAACAAGAGGUCCAAUCUUCUGGAGCAUGUUAGAAGUCAUACAGGGGAGAAACUCUUUUCCUGCGACAUAUGCGGGAAAAGCUUUACGCAGAGGUCCUACCUCGGGCAGCACCAGAGGAUUCAUACAGGGGAGAAGCCAUUUAUGUGUUCGGAGUGCGGUAAAAGCUUCACCCAUAAACCGAACCUAGCGGAGCACAUGAAGACCCACACGGGGGAGAAGCCUUAUUCCUGCCUUGAAUGUGGGAGGUGUUUCGCCCGCAAAUCAUUCUUGGACGAUCAUCGGUCCAUCCACAGUGGGGAGAAACCGUUCUCCUGUACAGAGUGUGGGAAAUGUUUCAGGAAGGAACCAUCGCUUAUCUUUCAUCAGAGAAGUCACACUGGGGAAAAACCUUUUUCUUGUGCGGGCUGUGGGAAAUGCUUCACUCACAAGUCAUAUUUGGUGAGGCAUCAGAAGACUCAUCGUGACUAGAUACUGUGCUGCUUACCAGUUCAGAACU